ACGGGAUAACUUUACGACAUCACUAAUCUCGAUGGGCUGACAACCCUGUUUGUGACUCAGAGAAACUGCAAGUAAACAGAGUGCGACUUCAAAUUACAAACGAGAUAAGAUGUCGAAGCCAUCAAAAGCAGGUCCACCAAGCGAGGGAAGUGCUCCCGCCUACGACUAUCGCCAAUCCGGCGAUGCCAUGGCCAUGCGAGCUCCUCCACCAACGUAUGAGGAAAGCCAGCGAAACGGCGGCGCCGGUAUUGGUGCCUAUGGCUAUCCACAAGGAGGAGCUGCUCCGCCCAGCCAGAAUCAGUAUUACGGCAUGAUCAGCCACCAGCAACAGCAGAUGCCGUUCAGCGGGCAGCCCAACUACGGUAUGCCACAUGGCAGUGGCUUUGGACUCGCUGGUCCCAGUACGUCGGCAGGUGCAGCUGCAGCACAGGUCCUCCACUUGGACUCACGGGCCGAGGUGAGGACAAAUUCCAACGGAAAUGUCGUCAUACCGCCUCCUCCGCCGGGCUGCCUGCCCACACCGGCCCAGUGGGCGGCCAUGCAGGGUCAGCCUGUGGUUCUCAAGCAAAAAAAGCGUUCCUUUUUCUAGGUUACACACGGCACACCAUUUACUCGAAUAUAAUCAUGUUGUCCCCCUUUCCACUCCUUUGAUGUUAUAAAAAUAAACGAUGCGAUCCGUUUCGUUUCGUCCUCGCGUA